AUGGGUUGGACAGGAGAAGAGAACAGACGUUUUGAGGAUGCACUUGCUGUAUAUGGUCCAGAAGACCCAAAUCGGUGGCAACAUGUGGCUAACGCUGUUGGUGGAAAAUCAAUACAAGAAGUUCAAAGGCAUUAUGAAAUCCUCAAACAAGAUCUCAUUCGAAUUGAACGUGAUCAAGUUCCACUGCCCGCAUACAGAGGAGGAGCUUCUUCUGGUGUCAAUAUCAACAACACCAGAAGACAGUUAAUUGCUGAAGAACAAAGGAGAAUGAGGAAUCUUAAUAUCCGUUGA